AUGCCGAAGAACUACGAGUUGAUCUCGCAGAGCAUCUGCGAGUUUCGUUUCGAUACGGACGAGAAAACGUUCAAUGCUCUAGUCGUCAUCACAUUCAAAAUCAAUGGCGACAUCAGCGAAAUUCCGGUGAAGUUCGGCAAAUCGUUGGAGUUCGUCAAAAUCGUUCAUCGCACCCAAGUUGGCGAAGAUGGCGGCUUUUUCUAUUCGGAAAAUGCAUCGAACGACGCCUAUUCAUACGACGAGUCUUCCGAAAUUCUUUCGGUCAAAUUCGACGAUCUCAACACGCGCACGGCGAACGCCGUCUCAAUGGAGAUCACGAUUCGCGGCAAAAUCGGCAACCAACAAACGGGCGGCCCGAUUUACAUUGACGAUGACGGUGUGCUGAUCGUCGAUCUCAAAAACGACACCCAUCAAGUGUUCCCUUACUUGGACACCGUCGAAACCAAAUUCGGUUUGACGGUCAUGGUCGAGGAGGGCCGCAAAUUCGAGUGCGACGGAGAAGAGCCAACGACAUAUUACGAUGACGACAACAUCAUCGCCUAUACGCCAAUAAUUGAAAACAAUUUCGGUUUGAACACCCUCAAAUUCAAGGUCCAUCCAAAACAAUGA